AGGUCUCAAAUUUUGAUUUUCCUGCUGGUAAUUUGGGCAGCUAUUAUCUCAUUUGUUUCAACAGAUAUAAAAGAAGUUUGCCCAAAAUCAAGUGGCUACAUUAUUGAACCGACAAGCAAUGGAGCACCAAUUUCCGUAGACAUCCUAACAGACUUUGUGUUUCCCUGUCGUGGGAAACUGGUGGGAGUUGACUUUUAUGAUUCCAUGGGGAUCCCCUUCAAAAUAGGCAUUUUCCAAGAACAAAUCCUAGACGACGGAGAGGCCUCGACGUAUUCAUUGAACAACUUCAGCUCUGUAAUUCCAAGCGAUGAACCUGGAUAUCAUCGCCAUACUCUGAAUAUUACGGUCGAGAAGGGAGACGUGCUUGGAAUUAUGUCAUCUGAAUCUGAUGCCUCUGCAUCCAACAUAGGCAUUCACCACGACAUCAUAGAUGAUGGCGAAAUACCAACAACUGAUAAAUACUACAACACAGCUGAAGUGGAGCUUGGUACUAGAGCCAACAAUUACCAUGUUAUCCGAAACAAAAAUAAAUCUUACUCUAUUAGGAUAUUUUAUGCCAACCCAAAUGAAGAAUUCAAUCCACUCUACACACAUAAAGGUUGCAAUGACUUUCCCUUGUCCACCAAUCCAAAUAUCGUCCAACUUACUGACAAUGACGAUCAAGGUGAUUCAGGUCAAAUAGAAGACCCGAUAUACAAAUGCUAUUUGAAAGCUUUGGAUGACGGCAAAACAAUAUUUGGAUUAAAAGAACGACACUGCUACGUCGAAGCAAAUAAUAAUAACGUUUGGAUAGAUAAUAGUACUCAAUUAACGUACUGCAGUGGUAUUGGAAAUAAAAGUGUUGACGUUUAUGAGAUACAUACAGAUAACGCUGCUAUUGGUAAACAGGUGUACCAAUCCUCAGAAACAUGGAUAAAGAAAUCAUCUCAAAAUGCGCUUCUUUUGGGGUUAGAUAGCUACAAGGAUAGCUGCUCAAUCAGCUUAACUUCAAAUGAAAUUAAUCCUUACUGGAUAGUGUUCAUUGGAGAAGAUGUUCGGAUAAUGAAAUUGGUGAUAACCCCUACAAAAGAAUAUCCUCUGAGGAAUUUUGCUAUUUACAUUGACAAAAAGUUAUGUACGAUAUACAAUGGUGAGAUAACGACUCCUCACAAGGUAACGUGUGAUAAUCCUCUACAUGGAGGAUCAGUUAAGAUCCAAAUGAUGGGCGACAAUCCUACUCAACUAGCUCUAUGCUAUGUAGAAGUUUAUACGACAGCUACCUGCCCAGUUGAUACGCCAGAACGACUGAUAUCUGGCGAUAUACCAUGUUGA